AUUGACAGUUAAGUCAGUCAACUGUCAACAUAGAUCUAUGAGAUUUUUGUAGUCUUAAUUGUAUAUGUUUGUACUCAAGAUUAUAUAAAUUAUGCCGAAAAAUAAAGGAAAAGGUGGUAAAAACAGGAGGAGGGGAAAGAAUGAAAACGAAACAGAAAAACGUGAGUUAGUCUUUAAAGAGGACGGACAGGAAUACGCCCAAGUCACAAAGAUGCUCGGUAAUGGCCGCUUAGAGGCCAUGUGCUUUGAUGGCAUAAAACGUCUAUGCCACAUCAGAGGAAAGUUAAGAAAAAAGGUAUGGAUAAACCAGGGAGAUAUUAUAUUAAUUGGUUUACGAGAUUAUCAAGACGCCAAAGCGGAUGUCAUCCUUAAAUAUACUCCUGACGAGGCAAGGAAUCUGAAAACGUAUGGAGAAUUCCCUGAAACUGUACGCAUCAAUGAGACUGUAGUGUAUUCUGUUGAUGGUCUGGAUGAAGAUAUUGAAUUUGGAGAUGAAGUAAGCUCAGAAGAUGAAGCUGAUACUGUUGAUAAUAUAUAAGUAAUUUUGAUAUGUUUUAUCAUCUACAGUAAGUCAAUGUAAAUUAAUUUUCCGUUAUGAAUAAACUGAUUUUGUGAUUUUGAUAUUUGUUCUCAAAAUUACAUGUAAUCGUACACCAUAAGAAAUAUGUAGACUAUUUAGACACCCAGUAUUGUCAUAAAUUUUAAAGUGAAAAAAGAACUAUUAAAAUAAUACAAUUAUUUAUUUAAACAAUAUGUAAAAAAAUAUCUCUACAUCAUAGCAAAAUAAUAGAUAUCUUGCACAACAUUCCUUGAUCCAUUAAUUCACCUUAUGUCACAUAAAAUUGUAAGGAAUGUAUAUAAUAAAUUAAUAAAUGUA